AUGCCUGCUCAUCGAGUCUUUAUCGAAACCCGAGCGGUUGACAGGAGCCCACGAAGUCCAAGAAGUCCAAGAAGCCCGCGCUAUCAACCCAGAACCCGAAGCGAAGAGCGCAUCUACGUCUACCGGGACGAGCUACUGGCAGACAACAGCAACAACAACAACACCAUGACCGACCACGACCGAGUCCUCCGGGAGGCCUACGACGAAGCCUACCGGCAGAACCAGAACCUGCGCAACGAGCUCCGGGCAAAGGACCUCGAGCUCCAGCAGAAGGACGCCCGCAUAGAGGAGCUCAAAUUCGACAACACGAACCUCCGGCGCUCGCUCGACAGCUUGUCCAACCUUGACGGACUUCAGGAGGACGAGAUCCAUAACCUGAAGCGCAAGAACUCCAAGCUCCGGAAGGACAAGGACGAUCUCAACGCUAGAGCCCGCGAGCUCCGUCAUGAAAUGGAUGCCAAGAUUAGGCCUAUGGUUGACCAGAUUAAUGCGCUCAAGCAGGAGGUUGCGAACUGGAGGUUGCAGUUUGAGUCGGAGAAGCGGAAAAACAACGAUCUUGAGCGGCGUUACGGGAGGUUGCGUGAGAACCUCGAUAUCCACACGCAGCAGAGUGAGGCCUUCAGGACCCAGAAUGAGAACCUGAGGGCGGAAAAUGAGCAGCUUGCUCAGGUGCUCGAGUUGGAGCGAAGAUUGAGGGUUUCUCGCUUUUGA